CUGAGCGCCUCUGCGUCGCUUCGGCUCAAAUAGCAGCUCAGGCUGCGUCGCUAGGACCAAAAUGAACGCACUGGGCUGAAUAUUUAAAGUGAAGAAACUGUGAUGAUAAAGCUGUUUGAGAAUCAACGACAUUAAUAUCAGGGAUGACUUCUGCACAUCAUAGAUUAGGAGAUGGACUGAGCUGUCCUGCCAUAGGCUUCCCAGCUGGGAUGUGUCAAAAGAGAGAAGGUCAUUGGCUUGUGGCUCAAAAAACAGAGAAUAGAGUUGCAAACAGACGAAAGAAGGAGACGUAUUUCAAAUGUAAAAGCACAGAAGCAGAUCACCUCACCUUGGAUGCACUUUUCUUGCUCCAGCUACACCAUGUGGAUGACCCGUCUCAGAUAUGCUUUGUUGAUAUAAGCGAGAGAAAACUCAACUCAGUUAACCCAGAAGACUUCCGGGUGUUUACAAACAUAGCUUACAUAGAUGCAUCCAUUAACUCCCUUUCAUUAGGUCCUUUUAGCCAUUUUCCAUCUCUGAGAGAACUCAAUCUGUCUCUAAAUAGAAUUCAAAACCUGGAUGUAGAUUCUGCUCACUUCCAUCAUCUUCAGGUAUUAAAUUUGUCCUUUAACAAUGUAUCACCCGAGAGCCUGAUCUCCCUCCGCUGUCUUUCAUCCCUCAAAGUCCUGCAUUUAACGGGCAAUAACCUUCAUCAUCUUCCUCCAAACCUGAGUUCCUCUGACCAUGACCCCACUGAGAUGUCAUCUGAACAGGAGAAACAACCCUUUGAAUCUCUAGAAGUCUUGAUCCUUGACGAUAACAAACUGUCCUCUGCAGUCUUCUACAGUCUGCCAAACCUGAGAAGGCUGAAACAUCUCAACCUGCAGAAGAACCUCAUUUCGGAAAUACCGAGCAGUUUGACGCCUGUGCAGAUUUCCGAUGAGGAAGAAGCCCACUCUCUGACACUCCCUGCUGGGGAAGAGCAUGUGAACAUCCUCAGGAGCAUUCAAGAAGUCUGGGAAACAUCCAGGCUGCCACUUCCAGAGCUUCAGAUCCUCAAUUUAGCCGACAACAAAAUAGUUAAAGAAGAAGCUCUGCUGGCUGCUGCUCUUUUCCCAAAGCUGCUGGAACUAGAUAUUCACUCCAACCCUCUAACCACAAAGAGGAAAGGAGACCCCCCUUUGUUGACCUUCUACCUCCAAGAAAGACAAGGAAUAAGGAUUAAGAGGAAGAAGCCAGAGGAGGCAUCGGGGUUCUGCCUGAAAGCAUCUGCAGGACACAGAUGGAAGGUCGGAGGAAGCACCACAAAUGUGUCAAAGAGGCCAAUGAUAAUAAAGGAAGCGACCAGUGGCGACAGGAAGAAGAUCAGUGGGAGUGUCCCUGAAAAAACAGAGCCCUUCUUCAUCACUCAGGCAGAAGACGAUCCUGCAGAGAACAAGCGCAGGAGGAAAACAAACACUAAGCAAUCCACGUCCUGUGAAAUGAGGAUGGAUCUGAAAACAAAUCCUGACGUGCUGAAAUCUGUCGGAAUCCAGACAGCUGUUCGGAUGCUGGACUACACUCUGAGGAAUCUGAACGUCUACCCAGACUCCAAACCUGAUGGCACCCAGACUCAGCGCAGAGACAGAACAAAGAAGAUGAGAAUUCUGCCACCCUUAAGAUCGGUGAAGCAGCCGACUGAAAGGGUGGAUGCGAUGCUGAAGCAAAUCAAAGACAGUUCAUCGAUGACAGUCGUAUCCUUCGGCAGUGCGCUGAACACCAAAGGUGUGGACAGAAAGGAGCAGAGGGAAGCCCAGGCGCUGCUGAGGGACAUGAAGUCAAAGUACAAGAGGGUCCACGAGAAAGCAGUGGAACAAGUCGCCGCCAUGGCGUCUGGCACAGAGUCUCCACCUGUUCUUUAAUUCGUGCUGUAGCUGGGAUUUCAUUUUGGCUUUCUUCAGAUAAUUGUAUGAGGGAAUCCGGGGAAAGGAAGGCUCACGGCAGAAACAGUAAAAACCAAGAGAGAAUCUUUCGGACUUUAGCUGAACACCAAAGUCUGACUCCACUCAACCGACACCAAACGGCUGCAAGAGAUUAUUAAACACCACCUUAGAGUGGACAGUUGUGAGAGUGCUGAGGAUGAUGGGUUCCAACAGCUGCACGACUAAUAUGACAACCAGACAAAGACGCUUUCAUCCAAUUCACACAAAAAUACGACUUUAUACUAAAGAAAAUGGUUUUCUUGCUGGUAAAUAAGCAAAAAAAAAAAAAAAAAAAGAUUGUGAAUCAUAAAAGUAUUAUUUUGAUCUUUGUUGGAGUGGAGCUGAAGGAGCCUCUGUCUGGAGACACAGCUGUUUCUGCAGAACUGCUGUGUCUCCAGAGGCAGAACAAGAGAUACUGGAACAGCAACAUGAGGACCAAUAAUUCAAGAGUCGGUCGACACAAGCAAUAAGGUCCAAUACGGUUUGAGAGGCUCUUCACCAGAAGACAACAACUGUGUGAUAAUGAGGUCAAAUAAACAUAUUUUGAAUA